ACUAUGGUCUGUGCGGGGGUACAUAACCUAUAACCCCUUUGGUGCCGAGAAUCCGGGAUUGGAAUUCAGAGGCCAGGGCCGACGAAAAGAGAAGGAGGAAGGCGGGUAUUCGACUGGAGGCGUUUCGGAUCGAAUUCACUUUGUCGAAGUAAUUUCUGACCGAAUAAUGGGCAUCGCGCGGUUAGUACAUUCGCUGAGGAGUAGAGAGGACACGCUGUCACGAUUCGCCGUCAAGGCCACCCUCGUAGGCGGUGUCGUUUAUUACAGCGUUCAGCAGGGCCUGUGGUCCAAGUCUGAGGACAGCGUGCAGUUGUACGGAAGAUUCUACAAUAAUGUCGCGCCUUACGUCAAGGACAAUAUCCCCAAGGAGGUUGACAAUAUCGUCAAUGAGCUACCACCAUUGCCAAGUACCAGUGACCUCUCCAACUCCGUCAAGUCGUCAUGGAAUAAGGGAGUUAUAGCGAGCAUGAAAUUCCUGUCCGAGACUCCGACCCAUGUGACCAACGGUGUGCAGAGUAUUUCUGAGACUCUGCGGGGUUACAUAGAGCAACAGAGCGUGUCUGAGAAAAGUCAAUAGCGUUUUCUAAUCUUGUAUUGUGGAUUUUAGGAAAACUUGACAUCAUUUAGUAUCAUUUAGCAUUGUUAUUAGUUUCAGAUCUCCCGCAUGUUAAUUUGUACAGUCUAUACACUGUUAACGGCUCUUUAUUGAGUUUUUAUUAUUAAUUUAUUAUAUGUCCAAUAAAUAUUUUCCUACGAAACGAU